AUGGGGGUUUCAGCCCCUGGGAAGCAGAAGGUGCACCUGCUCCUGGUGACGCCCAAGCAGGGCUCAGGGCUCCCGCCACCCAGACCCCAGGAGCUCCCCCGAGUCCCGUUCUCGGGGUUCCAGGAGUGCAGCCACAGGAGUCCGGAGGGACUCCAGCAAGGGGCGGAUCCGGGGCGGGGCCGGGAGCCCCUGGAGGGCGGUGGCCUCGGGGCGCGGGGAGCCUGCCGGCCCCUCCGCCCAGGUCCCCUCCCGCCCCGGGGCUCCUGCCCGGACCUAGGCGGCCGCCGCCGCUCCCUCUUCCUCGAGGGCUCUGUGUCCGUCUCCGCCGCUCGGCGAGAACGUAGGAAGGCGGAAGCUCGGGCCGAGAAGGACCCUCCCGGGCCCGGACCUGCAGCCAUACCGCGGCCCACGCCGGGAAGCCCCGCUCCUCUGCGUCGGAGCCCCCCUCCAGGUCUGCGGGCCGCGGGGACGCAACUGCGCUCCCUCGCUCGGAAAGGAGGUGAGGGCUUUGGCGCCGGAAGAUGGACGCUGCUCUCGGACGGAAAGCUUCUCGAGUUUCCUACAGAGUUGGCUCUGCGGGGUGCUUCGUCGGGGAGGGAGGGACGGACCGUGGGGCGACCGACCGGGCGGGGAGUGGCUUGUGGGGUCCCCCUCGCCAGCGGCGGGCCCGCGAGGCCGCCCUCGGAGCACCGCCAGGCCAAGCACACGGCGCCACUUGCCCAAGAGGGCUGGGGACCCCGCUCCCCAGGAUGCUUCAAGACGUCGGAGUUCCUCCAGGCACAGGCUCCAGUCUCCCGGUCCUCGAAGCAGCCAUGGGAAGCCUCUGCUGGCCCUGCCGCACCAGGAUCGGCGUCCCAGGCUGCAUGCGCAGCCGGAGAAGGACCCCCGUGGGAAGGGCCCGGCGUGGGCCCAGCCGCAGCCCUCAGUGGGACACCAGGCAUUGGGCAGGCUUGUCAGCGCCACUUUUCGCCAAACCCCCGCGCCCCGUAGGGCCUGCGCCACUGCGCUCCGAUGCCCCAGCGUUGAGCGCUCACGCGGAGCGCUGUGAGAGCUGCUUCCAGGACAACGGGGAGGGCCAAGAACACGCAGCCCCUGGGGAGCGGGCGUCAGUGAACGCAGAACCUUCCAGGCCCACCCAACCCCCAGCCUCUGAGCAGACCCCGCAGCCCGACCCUCCCUGGCGGAGAAAGGCGAGGGGGCCCAGCAGAGAACAGAUGUCAGGGUGGAGGUCUGGGUGGCCCAGUGCUGGCCCGGCUCACCAGCGCCCACGGCCCAUUCCACUGUCUCAUCUGAUUAAGGUCGGGCUCCAUGCUCCGGAGAGCAGCGCCGUCCUCCCAACCCCCACCCCAAUUAUUAGAUGGUAUGUUGAAGGGGGAUUUAGCCUCCCACCCCUUCCGAAGGAUGGGGGUGGGGCAGAAGGCAACCCCCUAGCGCAGUCCACCUCUUCCCGGUGGGUUGGACUUGCUGGCCAGAGCCACGGCAGGCAGGGCCUUGGCCGGGACUCGGGCCGCGCUGUGGGAGCCGGGGGUGGGGGGGUGCGCCUGGGUCCUCCUGAGCCGGAGAGACCGCGGGGCGCUCCACGUGGCGCCCGCCUGUCGCGCACCCCGAACUGGCGCUUGGAUGACAGCAAGCGUGCCGGUGCGUGGCUGGCGGGCUGCGGGUGCGCGCCUUAAAUUAAAUCUUCGCAGCGCCUGACCUUGUUUUUCCUCCGCCAAAAGCGGCAGCAGCUGUUUUUUCCAGAAUUCCUGCUGGAGGGGGAGGGGAGUUAUUAUUAUUUUUUGGUUGUCACAAUCUCCUGGAAAAAUUCCCUGGCCUCGGAAAGUGUAACAAUAGCAUCGCGGAUUUCUGGCGGAAGCGCCCCCUCCCUUGCUUCUCCAGGGGCCUCUGCCUUGAGGCUGCAGCGGGGACCUCUGCGGGCGGAGAAAUCUACCUCCGCCUUGGGGUCCUGCCCCCAUCACUCUCCAGGGAGGUCGCAGCUUUCUGACCUGGAGAGAAGUCAGCCUGCCGCUCCAGCAUCUCAGGGAACCGGGGCAACGGGGCCUUCCUACACUGACCCCCCCAAGCCAGCUCCAGGUGACCUGGCACCAUGGUGUCCCUUCCCUAGGAAUUCUAUCCCUGUUUGCUUUUGGGGUCAGCGCUAGCCCAGAGGCAGUUAAAGAUUAAUGGGUGGAGACCUGGGGCCCUGGGAGUGGGGAGGAGCCGCCAGGGAGGGGAGUCGUAUGAGUGGGGUCAGCUCUCCUCGGUCCCUGCCAGGCAGCCAGGCCCCUGCUGGCCUGUGUGUGCUCACUGUUGGGUCCAUUAUGCCACAGGGCUGAACAGUGGGAUCGCCCCUGGGACAGAGAAGAGGUUGGGGAGCUCCAGUCGAGAACAGCAAACGUGACUGGGCUUCUUGCAGACUCCGGUGUGCACUGUGCAAAGGAGGCAACUGGCUCUCCUGGCCCUUCCCCCGGUGAUUCCAGAAUUCCAGGGAAGUGGCCCUGGCUGUGCCCAGGAGGGGCUGGGGAAGCCAGCCUGGGGCGGGGCUGGGCCUCGGCCUCCCGACCAUGCCCUUCUUGGUUGGGGGGGGGGCAGGACUGAGGACCCUGACCCCUCCCUCACUCAGGAGGCAGUGGCUGCACCACCCAGCCUUCGGGACCUUCCCCGAAACGCCUGGUCCUGCCGUAAUUUAUCUACACUUAAGUUACGCCAGGUGCACGGAUGUGACAUAGAUGUGACUUGGAUGUGACGCCCGGCGUCCGGGCCUGCACGGAUGGCGGGAAUUGAACUUUGGUCUCCAGGCAAUUAAGGUGGCUGGGACUAUACUUCAUUAAUGGUUG